UAAUUCUAUUGGUGGAAGCAAGGUUGCACCGGAUUUGUUUCCUUUGAUUCAAUUCAAAUAAUGUGUAUUAUCACAAAAAUCUAUUACUCCAUAGAUUUGUUUGAAAGGUCAAUAAGUCCUGAAUUACAAAAGUUACACAACUCAUGUGAAGCGUAUGCUUACUUAUCUCAUUUCUAUGACAUACGUUCUCAAUUUAUUUCCAUGAGAUUUUCUUAGGUUUUGAAACUCGAUCCAGUUUGAACGAAAUUUGUCGUUUCCAAAAAAAAUUGACUCGUUAUCAUAGAAAAUAUGAGUGAAAACCGAGAUUCUAAACUUUUAAAAGAUGGGGUUAUCGAUUUUACAGCAGGAUCUUUGGGAGGCAUUGCACUUGUUUAUGUAGGACAACCACUCGAUACUGUAAAAGUGAAAAUGCAGACUUUUCCUCAUGUGUAUAAAAACAUGUUUGAUUGUUUUAUGAAAACAUUAAAGACAGAUGGGAUUUAUCAAGGACUGUAUGCUGGUACAGUUCCUGCACUGGUAACAAAUGUUGCUGAAAAUUCUGUUUUAUUUUUGUGCUAUGGAUUUUGCCAAAAAAUGAUCCAAAACAUCUCAAGAACAGAAAAUAUAGAUGAUCUGAGUAUUACUAGCAAUGCAUUCGCAGGAUUUACAGCUUCAUUUUUUUCAUCUGUGGCUAUUUGCCCUACUGAAUUGAUAAAGUGUAAGCUACAAGCCAUGAAGGAAACAAAUGCACAAAGCGUUCAAGGCAAUAAUAAAAAGGAAAUGAUUAGUUCAAUUAAAUUAACUACAGAUAUAGUUAAAACUGAAGGAGUAAGAGGACUAUUCAGGGGACUAGUUCCCACCCUUGUCAGAGAAAUGCCUGGAUAUUUCUUUUUCUUUGGAGGUUAUGAAGGUACAAGGGAGUUACUUAGAAAUCCUGGUGAAAAAAAAGAGGAAAUUGGAUUGAUUAAGACGAUGAUAGCUGGAAGUGUAGGAGGAAUCUUGUUUUGGACAUUAACUUUCCCAGUUGAUGUAGCAAAGUCUAGAAUACAAGUCAACAAUUUGAAUGAUAAUAUGGUGAAACUGAUUUUCAAAAUAUUUCGAAAUGAAGGUUUAGGAGCUUUGUAUAAUUCUACAAGACCUAAUUACAUGAAAUAA